GGGAAAGGCGUUCGCAUCAAUGUACGCUGGAUUUGCUCGCCUUGGCACCCUUUGCACCGUUCAACACACUUUUGUUGUCCUCCUCCAUGAUCCGACCUGAGAGAGGUCAUCUACCACGACAUGUCGUCCAGUUAGUUGCCUUGUUGGUCGUCAUCGGCCUAGUCCCGACAUCAGGGCACUCAUCUCCCAGCUCCAAAAUCCCAACCAGUGUCCGCAAAUCCCAGACGCCAGGUCCCAGGCCCAGGACCCCCAAGAACCGCAGGAACCAAUUCCAGAGGCCAGCGAGGUUCACUCCCCACGUUUCUGCCACGGGCCGCCAGUGUCCACCACCUCUGAAUUCGAGGCUCCUCACAGGCUGUACAACCCAGGUCGUACUAGCGUGUGCCCAGUAGCUCGGGACUGGGAGGGCGCUGUUCCGACGGUUUGGAUAGGUAGCCCGUGGCUGUUAACUUCUCCCACACUUGGCUCGGGGAAACACCAACGCCAUCCUUCUUGACCUUGGCUUCCCUCUCG